AUGCAUCGCUUUAGUCUGGAUCAACGUUUUGAAAUGCUCAAAACUUACUUUGAGUGUGACUCUGUGGUUGCCAAGACGGCGCGAAAAUUGCGUACUACAAAGUUUGGAAGAAAUGAGGCGCGUUCAAACCAAGGAAUUACGAAUUUUAUCGAUAGAGUGCGCAAAACUGGAAUGCUAGUUGACGUGAAACAUGUUCUGCAUGCUCAUCCUAGGCGUACACCUAAAGGAAUCGCUGCUAUAUCCGAAAGUGUGCGCCUUAAUGCGUCAACAUCAACUCGGCGUAGAAGUCAACAACUAGGCCUUUCCCGUACUACUCUGAGGAGGAUUAUGCACAAAGACCUCGGUAUGUUUGCCUACAAAGCCCAGCUCGUUCAGGAGUUGAAGCAAUUUGACCAUCCACAACGUUUUCGCUCCGCUGAAUUCGGCGAGGAAGGGGGUUUCGCCGCAGAAGAGGCCGAGGUAUUGGUGGCAGAGGCCGUGGGGGAAGUGUCGACAGGGGCCGUGUGGGCAGGGGCCGUGGCGGCAGCAGCCGAGGAGGCAGCAGCACCUUUCGGGGCGGUGGCCAGGGGUACGGUGGCGGUGAAGGCAAAAUUGGGGCAAGAACCAAACGAACAAAUCCCACCAGAAUUUAUUCGCCCAAGGAAAGGCGAGUUAAGGAGAAUAAGGCCAGGUGAGUCUUCUUCUGGAAAACUGGGAGAAGAACGAAUAGUUCUUUAUACAGCGAAGAGGAGAAGAUCCAGUUCUCCAGCUGAAAGGAGAAGGCCCUGGAGUGGGGAGAGAACCAGGAGGCGAAGCAGGUCCCUAUCCCCAGUUGGUAACACUUACCACCAACAACAAAAUCAAAAUAUUCUAAAUCACCAAAAUAUUCAACAUCAUCAAAACAUUCAUCAUCAUCAUAAUAUUUGGAUGCCCCCCGUGGUCAUGUAUGACCCACGCAUUCAUGGCCCAUAUGUGAAUAUGAUGAUACCAAAUGUCCGCCCCAUAAUGUAUCCCCAUCCUUAUCCUCCAAUCUUCAAUAGUAGGAGAAACCAACCCCAGAGUUCUAACCAUGAGUCUGAGGAAGCCUAA